GGCUAAAUAGGUACAUAAUGUGUAUAGUUGAGAAAAGCAUAAUCGAAUGACUAAAUGGUAAUCAUCGUUCCUAGAAGAUUUGGGUCCAAUUAGUUUGCUCAAGAUUAAAAUAAGCCCAAAGCACUUAAUAACAUUUCGAGAAACCAACGGCAGUAAACCUCACUCUAAUAUUUAACAUUUAGCACAUGAUUCAUCCUUUAGGUGAACCCUGCUAAUUUUAACAAACUCCUUUUAAAUAAUAUAAGUUUUUUUAUAAAUUAAACACGUAAAGAUUUUCAAAACUAAAGUGGUUAAUUCUGCAAGCUUCAUCGUCAUUAACGCAAAAGAUGGCCAGUGGUUCUGCUGCCGGAGGAUCAACAAGACACAAGAGUGAAAAUCCAGCCAUCAGUCCUGAAAUCAUCCGAUUUCGUGUUGAUCGUGUCAAUUCCAGAGACGUCGGAUGUCACCGUGCGACAGUUCGUGAAUCUAAAACUAGCACUACGAGUGGGAGCAACCCAACAAGUGAUAAUCGUGAUAAUUUGCCGUACAUUACUUCGUACCCGUUACACAAAUACGAGCCACCUUCCCCAUCUUCUUCUGGAGAUACGGUCGAUCUCAUAUCUAGUCCCACCGGAAGUGGGUUUUUCAGUAAUCCAAUCAACUUUGCUGUGAGGAGAUUUUCCAACAAACAAAAUUUGUCAGAGGUUGGAAUCCCAAUCUCAGCUACCAUGGAUCAGAACCAUCCUCCUCCUCAAAGGAAGUUUUCCUUGGCCGGAAUUCUUGGCCGAAAAAAGAGCUCAAACCUGCCAGAGCUGGAUGAUUUUCACACGACUAAUAAUACUACAGCGUUGUACGGAAAAAGUCUGAAUAAAUACACUCAUGAUGCUCUCCCCAAAAUGGAAAACUAUCGUGACAUCUUGGACUUUAAUGCGGCUCAACGACCAACGAUCGACGAGUUGCAUGAAGAAUACUUUCGAAGAAAAUCCAUGGCCCAUCCUGAAGAUGCUCCAGCAACCAACGUAGUAAAAUUCGGUUGGAUAGAAGGGUGCUUGGUCAGGUGUUUGCUAAAUAUUUGGGGGGUCAUGCUUUUCCUCCGACUUUCUUGGAUGACGGCUCAUGCUGGAAUCGCUCAUUCGAUGAUCAUCAUUGUGAUUUCCACCGUAGUCACCACUAUCACGACCUUGUCCAUGUCGGCAGUUUCGACUAAUGGCGAAAUCAAAGGAGGGGGAAUAUAUUUCAUGAUAGCGCGAACCAUAGGCCCGGAAUGGGGAGGAGCAGUGGGGAUUAUAUUUUCUUUUAGUAAUUUUGGAAUGGCGGCCUUGAAUACCGUCGGUUUUUCCGAGUCCUUCAUCUCCUUACUGCAAACUCACGGAGUCAAAAUUGUGGACGGAGCGCAGAACGACAACCGAAUCAUUAGCUGUUUGACCAUUAUUAUUCUUCAAUCCAUCAUCGUGAUCGGGAUGGAGUGGGAAGCUAAAGCGCAAAUGGGAUUACUUGUUAUUCUCCUCGUAGCGAUGAUUGACUUUGUGGUGGGUGCGUUCAUGGGGCCUAAAGGAACUGAAGAGGUUGCAAAAGGAUGGGUUGGACUCAGUGGUCCCUUGUUUUUAGAAAAUUUCGGUCCGGGGUAUAAAUUGAGUGAUGGAAUUCAGCAAGACUUUUUCUCCAUAUUUAGUAUAUUUUUCCCUGCUGUUGCUGGUAUUCAAGCAGGAGCUAGUAUUUCCGGGGAUUUAAAGAAUCCAGCUGAGGCAAUUCCCAAAGGAACGCUCCUCGCAAUCUUUAUCACAUCCGGUUCUUAUGCUGCGUUUUCUCUUCUCGCUGGAACUGGCGUUCUUCGGGAAGCUUCAGGAAUCGUAGACGAAGUUGGCAAUGGAACUUUCACGAACUGCACCGGACGACAAUGUCAAUGGGGAUUGUAUAAUGAUUACCAGGUAAUGCAGCUUGUUUCUGCAUUUGGCCCAGUAAUAUACGCAGGAUGUUUUGCUGCUACACUCUCCUCUGCCCUUUCCUGCAUGGUUUCCGGAGCUAAAACCAUGCAAGCCUUAUGUAAGGACAAGGUGUAUCCUUACUUGACCAAAUUUGGAAUUGGCUACGGAAAAACGGACGAUCCAUACUGGUCGUACGCAGUGGGAUUCCUCAUUGCCGUUAUCUUUAUUCUUAUCGCCGACCUUAAUGCACUCGCCGCUCUAAUAUCCAACAUGUUCAUGACCGUGUAUGCCCUACUUAAUUUUUCGGCGUUCCACGCGUCCCUCGUUCGUCCCCCAAGCUGGAGACCAACUUUCAGAUACUACAACACGUGGAUAUGUUUGAUUGGAGCCAUUCUUUGCGUCGUGGUUAUGUUUAUGAUGUCAUGGGCAUACGCUUUACUCUCAUUGGGCUGUGCGAUAGCUCUCUACUGUGGAGUCAUAUAUAGGAAACCAGAACUUAAUUGGGGCACAUCGACCCAAGCCCAGACUUAUUCUGAUGCCCUGAGUGCUUUGCAAACGCUUACCGACCAGCAAGACCACGUUAAGAAUUAUCGUCCACAGAUUCUUUGCUUGUCUGGCUUUCCUUCCUCCAGACCUGCUCUGGUGGACUUUGCCAACCUCAUAACGAAGAAGCAGUCGUUGCUAAUCUGCGGUCACAUCGUCAAAGAGAGGCAGUCUACAAGGGUGCGAAAGGCCAUGAUCAAAAGAGGUUAUGACUGGCUGCACGAGCGACGUAUCAAAGCAUUCUACGUGCUGGUUGAUAACGUGACCUUUGACGAGGGUACUCAAGCCCUACUACAGGCCACAGGGAUUGGCAAGCUUGCUCCAAAUAUUGUCCUCCUCGGAUAUAAGAGUAAUUGGCAGACUUGUCCCAAAGAUGAGCUCAGAGACUUCUUCACAACCAUUCACGAGUGUUUCGACAACCACAUGUCGAUGGCGAUCUUGCGAGUGAAGGAAGGCUUGGAUUGUUCUCACUUGGUGGGCUCAUUAUCCCCGGACGGGAUGAUAAAGAACGAUUCCCAGGGGAGCCUGGGUGGCUACGUGAACAACGGGAUGGAGCUGGAUGCAACAGAUCCCAACGAAUCCGGAUCACCUCAAAAUCAUAAGGAAGAAGAAAUUCAGCACGAGAAUAUGUUUGGGAAAAAAGGAAACAAGUCUGCAGAUGGUGUUCUUGGAGUAUAUCGCGGACCAGAUGGCACCGAAGUUCCAAAGGACAUUGUGGAAAAUUUGUCCUUGUUCCUGACAAAACAGAGCAAAGGCACCAUUGAUGUCUGGUGGUUGUAUGAUGAUGGAGGUCUCACUCUCCUUCUCCCGUACAUCGUAAAUCAGAGGAAGAACUGGCAGCAGUGCAAACUUCGCGUGUUUGCCUUGGCAAAUAAAAAGGAGCAAAUGGAACAAGAAAUGAAAUCCAUGGCCAUUUUACUGGCAAAGUUCCGUAUUGACUAUUCGGAUCUGACAGUAAUUCCCGACAUUACAAGGCGAACAGACACGAAUGCACCUGGUAGAGUCCUAUUUGACUCGCUGAUUAAAGACUUUCGAGGAGAUCCAGAUGAUAGUGAUAAUCCAGAGACAGUGAUAGGAGAGUCCGAAUUAUUCUCCAUGAAGGAAAAAACGAACCGACAUCUUCGGCUGAGAGAACUUUUGUUGGAACAUUCACAAAACUCCAAUCUCAUCGUCAUGACACUGCCGAUACCACGCAAAGGAAACGUCUCGGCCCCAUUGUACAUGGCGUGGUUGGAAAUGCUAACAAGGGACAUGCCUCCGUUUCUCCUCGUCAGAGGAAACCAAGCUUCCGUCCUUACUUUCUAUUCUUAAGAAGCACGUUUCUUCGUCUUGCUCCACCCAAAGUACUUCGUCCCCACUCAUUAUUCCGCUAUUUUUUUGACAAGAGUGGUGAAAACUCUUGCAACAUUUUUUAAAUUGAUAUAAAAAUUGUGUUGUAUUGUUAAAAGGCCAGUCAAAAGUCUACUUAAUCCCACACUUAAUAAUAUCCCUGUGUUAGUACCUUAAUAAUUUUUAUUGCUAAUCAUUCAUGUUUGGAAUUUAAUAUAAGAUUAAUUUUAAGUUUAAAUUGCGUGCAUCGUUUUCCUUUCUUUGUUCAAUUUAGUUGAUGAAUGAUUUAAAUAUAUGCGUGUGGUAAAUGUCAAACCUGACCAUCAAUAUUUUAAUCAUAAUCUCCUCUUGAGAAGUGUACCUAUCCAAAGUAAAUUACAUGCUAAAUAUUAGUUCAAGGUAAUUAUAUUAAGAAAAACUCUUACGUAUAAUAAAAAAAUUUGCUCAGGAUACAAAAAAA